AUGCUGUUGUUGUUAGCCAUCGCCGUGUGCAUCGCAGCCAUCCCCCUUCUCUACCAGAAAUGGCGGGCGUGGCGCCUAGAGUCAUGGGUCCGCCAGCAGUUAGACGUGGCCAGCUUCCGCUACGCAGGCAGCACCAGCAUGGAAGACCGGCUGCGUCUGCGGGCCGCGGAGAACCGCCGGCUCAAGGCGGCGUUCGGCAUCGAAAACUCGCUGACCACCGAGUCCCGCUCGACACACCAGGCCUUUCGCUCGCGGGCGUCUAGGCUGGUGGACAGAAAAGACCGGAGCUGGCUGGCCCUGUACAGCACCGCCGAAGCUUUCAUUCAGAGGGAACUGGCAACUGCGGCAGAGAAGGGCCAGAGCAGCCUGCCCCUGGCCGAGUCCGUCCGAUGCAUGGUCCUCGCAGUCGUGCUGUUGGACAGCUUUAACAUCGACCCGGCAGCCGUCCCACGCGCCACCCUAGUCACCAUCACAGAGGAAAUCAAUAAUCAGUGGCUAGAGUCUAAAUGUCACCCCGACGAGGUGGUCCCCUCGGAGCGGCUCAACUCGGCCAUCGCUUCCCUGUCCAUCAGGUCUCCGUUCAAGGACGAGUUCACGGAAAAGGAUCAGGACGCCCUCCUGACACCCGCCGAAGUCCUCAGCAUCCUGAUGCCGCAGUACGAGACGCUGUGGCGCGUGGUCCUGCUGACCUUCGUCUCGGCAUACCACCGCCAGCCCGCGGCGUACCACGACGCCGUGCAGAGAACAGCCGACGUGCCCGCCUGUCUGGGCGACCCAGCCCGCGAGGGCGAAGCCCUCAAGCUAGCCAAGGAAGGCCUCCGCCUCUUCCCCUCCAACAAACACCUCUACCGCGCCGCCUCCCUCCCCUCCGCCACCCCCUCCCCGCCGGGCCUCACCACCACCAACACGCCCCGCACGCUCGCAGCGGACAUCUCAGCCCUGCACCGGCACCCGCAGAUCUGGAGCCCAUCCCCCUUAUUCCUCCCCAACCCGUUCACCCACGGUGACGACGACGCACUCGCCUUCCGCCCGUCGCGCUUCGACGCCGGCGCGCUCACGCCCCUGCAGCGGCGGUGCUACGUGCCCUUCUCGACGGGCCCGCACCGCUGUCCGGCCGGCGGCGGCACCCGGUUCGGCGAGCGCAUGGUCGUGCUGCUGGUCGUCGCGCUCGGGAGGGGGCGCGUCGUCGCCGCGCCGGUGACGCUGAUGAUAAGGCCGCGGGCGGGGGGGGAGUUGCCGACCGGGAGGGAUGCCAUGGAGGGGUGGAGGUUUGAGUUCGGGCCUUGUGGGUAG